AUGCCCAAAUCCAUUUAUAAAUAUAAGCUUUAUAGCCCGUCAAUAAGACCUGUCAACGGCUACAUAAUUAAGGGGACCAAUUCACUUCUUUUCACACAAGAUCCGCCUCCAGAAAAUGUGAGACCGAUCGCAGAAAAAAGGUUACGGAAGGUUAACAAAACAGUUCAUCAUAUUAACAAAGUUAACUUUAACCAACUGAACAAGUUCUCUGUAACCGAUAUUUCAAAUGUAAAAUCAGAAAGUAAUAAACCAUUUUGGGUAGGUGGAAGAGUAAGUUUGAGACCUGUUAACAAAACACUCAAUCUGUGGAAUCCAAAUGAUCAGUCAGCUUCUCAAUCGAUGAUUUUGACAAAUGCGAAUUCGUUGCCAAACUUGCUCAUUCGUAGCAACUGUCAAGUUGUUAAUAACAAUGCAGUUGAUGUAUCUCUACAAAUGGGUGCAUUACAGUCUGAAAACCACAAUCACAGUAAUUCACCAACACACAAAGAAUAUCAGCCUGGACAAACUAAACCAGUAAUAACAUUUACCACAUUCACCUGUUCAGACGAAUCUGAUCGCUUUUUUUGUCAACCUAAACUUAUGCACUCAACUACUAAUGAAUCAGAGAUGGAAAAGGAUAAUGAUGACAGUGAUAACUAUUCAACCGAAUGUGAAUAUUUUGAUAGUAGAGAAAAGUCAAAUUUAAAUAUUUGGUCAAAACCAUUCACAGUAUAUAUGCAGAGGAAUGCUGACCAGCAACUAGGAUUUGCAGUAUCAUGCCUACAUCUGCGACUCAAUGAGACAGUAAAUGAAUACUUGGUCGUAAGCGACAUUCCAAUUCACGAUGAAGAUAAUGGAUUACAAGUUGGGGAUUGUAUUUUUUCAAUAAACAAAGUAGGAGUUAGCAGUGUAGGCACACUGAAAUCAGUUGAACUACUAAAAACUGAACAAUCUCCAAUCCAGCUUCAAAUUCAAAGGUUCAAUGAAAGCUUUAUGCAGGAUGUCACUGAUUCUGAGUACGAUAUAUUAUCACCUGAAACAGCUACAGAAGAUGAAGAUGAAAUGAUUGGGAAAAUAAUCAGUAAUAUACAAAACCGUGUAUUUACAGAGUCAGUGGAAGUACAAGUUCUCCAGAUGUCGAAAAGCACCAAUAAACAUAGUGCCGAACGGAGCGUCACUGAUGGAAGUGUGAAAAAUGAAGAUACCAAAAUACAAACACAAAUAAGAAAUCGAUGUGCUAGAAUAUUACGUCGGAAAGUGUUACAAUGGCUGCAUUUAAAUCGGUCAUGUAAUUACCUGAAAAGUGGCAUGAAACCAGCAGAUAAAAAUGAAGGACAAACCAUUCAAGAAGAUUCUACAAGACAAACUGAUUCAGAUGAUGACAGUACACUCUGUGAAGACGAUCAAUACUCUGAUUGUGACGAUGAGAAAGUGUGGGGAGAAGAUAGAGUUCCAAUUUUUCGCUAG